AUGACAAAAAUAUUUAAAACUUAUUCAAAGUUAUUUUUGGUGUUUUACUAUUUGUGGAUAAGUGAAUGUUUGUUGAACAACAAUUUGAUGAGUGACACGUUCAUUGAGGAAGAUGCCGAAGGACCAGGACAAUCAACAAAUCCCUACGCUACUCAAAUAUUGAAAAAUGAUGAUCAAGAUGAGCUUGUAAUGUAUAAAUAUAAAAUAGAGAAACCGUUGAAAUCAGCAGAAGACAAUAACUCUAAAUUGACAAAAAUAGUACUUAUUGAUAAUAUUCGCAAAGGAGCUUCUGAAAAACUUGAAAAAAUUUCGAAACGUAUGAAGAUGUUUUUGCUAUCUUAUUUGGUGGAUAAUUUGCCAUGGAAUCCUUUCUCAAACGACGACUCACAAACGGAUGGGGAAUUGAAAGAUGGCGCUAGUACAAAACGAACAAAGAAAGAAUGUAAAACCGGAAAAACGUACAAGCCACGCUAUCAUCCGUGGAGAGUUUGGGACAAUCCCUGCCUCCCCGAACCCCCGUUCAGUCCGUGGGGAGGUUGA